GCUACCGCGCUCACCUCCAGCCCCCAGAGACGCCACUGUACACUAUAGUGAGACCAUGGCGAGCGUCCUGCAGCAAACUUCAAGCAGUCACGUGGUGGUCGGCGGACUCGCGCGACUGUCGCCCACGAACCUCAUGCCCGAGCGGUACUCGCGCCACAUGCAGACCGUGGUCAAGCUCAAGCAGAUCCGCCGCGCGCUGGCGACGCCCACGAACGGCAGCUACGUCAUCGACGUGUUCACUCCGUUGCAGUCCACGACGCGCAUCCCGACGAGUCUCAAGGCCGCGGCCAAGGGCCAGCGCCCUGCCGCCCACAUCGAGAAGCAGUUCGCCGACUUUGUCACGCUGCGCGACGAGCUGUACGAGACCUGCACGGCGUCGCACUCCACUAUGGACUGCCAGUUCUGCAGCGAGGUGGCGCGCACGCUGCUGCUCGGGGCCGUGCUGCCAGGCUCCGUGCUGACGUUGGUGCUCUCCAAGCACCAGCAGACCAAAGCCGUGCAGCGCUUCAUCGACGCCCUCCUAUUGCUCGUGGCUGCGUGCCCCGUCAUCGAGGCGGACGCGUGUCCAUGCCAGAAGGACCUCCCGCGGCAACUCUUCAAGUUCCUCGUCGGGGAGCAGGACCCGUUGGCUUGAGUCGAAGACCCCCGCGCAAUUAUCUAUUCACUGUACACUGUACGCAUUGGAG